UUCGCUCAUUCGUGAAGGUUGGGCUAACAAUCAUCAGAACAAUAACAAUCACUAUCGUUAUGUUUAUAACAACAAUGAUGAUAGCUCCAUGCUGACCCUCACAGACGAGCAGCGGUUACUUAAGGCACUGACCUGGAACUAUGACCCAGCUGUCAGACCCGUGUACAACGCUCAGCAUGCUGUUGUCAUCAAACUGGGCAUCACACUGACCCAAGUCAUUGACGUCGAUGAGAAGAACCAGGUGCUAACGACGAACAUUUGGCUGGACCAGGAGUGGAGUGACGAGAAGCUGAAGUGGAACAUCAGCGACUACAACAACAUCACGGUCCUUAGAAUACCUUGUGACUUCAUCUGGUUGCCGGACAUUGUCCUGUAUAACAGUGUAGACAACCACAACAAAGGCUAUAUGAAGAGCCUCGCUAUGGUGCACAACGACGGUAAAGUUUUCUGGCCACCCAUCGUGCGCAUGCGUAGUUCGUGUAAGAUGGACAUCACCUUCUUCCCUUUUGACGACCAGCUGUGUGAUUUGAUUCUAGGUUCAUGGGCUUAUGACGGCUUGCAGGUGGAUGUGACCAACAGAUCUGAGAACGUUGACCUCUCCAACUACGUGGACAACGGCGAGUGGGAGCUGCUAGGGACAAAGAUCGUCCGACGGACCAGGUACUACACCUGCUGCCCGGAGCCGUACUAUGACGUCACCUUCUACAUCAUGAUACGACGCCGGGUCUUGUACUACUUCCUCAACGUCAUCAUUCCCUGCAUGCUCCUGUCCAGCCUCUCCCUGACGGGGUUCCUGCUGCCCCCAGACUCAGGGGAGAAGGUGACCCUCGGGCUGACGGUGUUGCUGGCCUUCUCGGUCUUCAUGUUGCUGGUGGCUGAGAACAUGCCACCCACUUCAGAGUACAUCCCGCUCAUAGGUAUUUACCUGACUGUCAUCAUGGCCAUGUCCGCCCUGUCUGUCGCCCUCUCUGUGUUUGUACUGAACUGCCACCACAGGGGCACCAACAUGAAGCGACCCCCGAGAAUCGUCCGGAAUCUCGCCAGAGUCUUCGCGAGAGGCUUCUGCAUGCGGCUCUCCUACCUCAACUCCAGCCACGCCAACAACAACAACAGCCGGCAGAACUACGCCGACGACCUGCUCGGCGCGCACACCUCCAAACGGAACAGUUUCCCGCGCAUGCGCUCGCAUUCGUCCAACCAAUUCGGACAACAGCCUUCGUCGUCUGCCUCCCACGAGCCGCCGUCGGUCAGAACGCAGACGACAAAUUCCGAAUGCAACGGGUCUUAUGAAUCAAACGGUUCACAACCGAGCACGACGACCAGGCGUUUACGCGAAAGUAAGCGAAGUCUAAUGGAAGCGCAGAUCUUGCACUAUUUGAAAGCGGUGCUGGAGGCCUACGAUAGGAGCCACGGGGAGAGGACAGCAGUUCUGGAAUGGCAGGAGGUGGCGCGGGUUCUAGACAAGUUCUUCUUCUGGAUCUUCGUGGUGAUCACGUCUCUAACUACCGUGUUUCUGCUGCUGCUCAGUCCCAUCGCUAAACAUGUCAAGUUCCCUGAACAAUGAGCCUCAAGAAAACUUGGCAGUCUUCUCGCAAACUUGUCAAGUUCUAACAAUGAGU